AUGGCACAUAAUUUACCAGGCGAGAAAAGUGCUUGGAUACCAGAUUUAAUCGGACCGAUUUUUAAGAGAGACAGUUUGACGUUAAAACAGGCAUUAGAUUUGCGUAAUGCAGAUGAGCAGAUUCAUCAUAUGGCUACUUUCGUUCCCGAUGAGGUGUUAUACGGAAUAGAUUUGUCGAAGAAAGAUUUUCGAAGAUUUCAAGCCGUUUUAAUGUUUCUGCAGAUAACAAUUGCCACAAUAGCAGCGAUAAAUCCAGACUUUGGUGUGCAGUUAAGAAGUUACUUGAUGAAACCUGUAAUCCAACAAAUCGAAAAGAGCCAGUCACUUGAAUUUCUAACGGAGAUCAGGCAAAUCACUGCAAUCUCCCUCGAUGUUAUCGCCAAUAAAUGUCCAGACCACGAAUUAAUUCUCUUGGCCGAUCGUUGCUUUAUACUUUUGCACAGUAUAGCUGCGAAAUAUGCGGGUUGCAUUAACGCGUUGAGCCUCUACGACAAGAAUAUCUUGUUCUGCAUCGUAUUCGGAAUACGCGGAUCCGACAACGACGAUCAGUUUAAAAUUAACGAGACCUGUAAAAAUGCGGUCACUUGCGCGAUACAUAUGCUGCAAGCGGUAAAGAACGUUGCCGGAAUAAUUAGUGCGUUUGUCGGCGUCUCAACAGGAAUGGCUUACUGUGGUGUGAUCGGACACAGCGCUAGAAAGCAUUACGCGGUUAUCGGAUUGCCCAUCGUCAAAGCUGAAAAGAUAAUGGAUAUUUCUUACAACAAAAUUUCCUGUGACCAUGAUACUGUGCUGCACAGUCGUUUGAGCAAAGACCAAUUUCGUUCUCGAGGGGUGAGAUCACUGCAAUUUGAGAAAUGUCACAUCUACGAUCUUGACUAUUCGCGAAUAAAGAAAGAUGUCGAAACGUCUUCUUUGGAUUAUUGUUAUCCGAUUUUGGGUAGAACGCAUGAAUUGGAAUGCUUCGACAAUAUUUUGGACGAUAUCGGAGUGGCAGAUCGGAAUUAUUCGGGAUUAUUGAUUGAGCUGCAAACAAAGAUUUGCAUCUUGCUGGAUGACAUUCAGUACAUGAAUUAUAAAUCUUGGCAAUUUUUGUCAUCAGCACUUAACAAUCCAAAUGUCAUCAUAGUGAUGACGAUGCUGAAGCCGAAUUCCUUGAAAAAUUUAACAGAUGCCGAAGUAGAAAUCUGUAAAGAUGAAAGGCUGACAAAGUGUACGUUAAACGGUCUGGAGCCAAAUCUACUUCCAGUAUUCGCGUGCCAAUUUCUAAAUGUCCUAGGAAUAUCUAGAAAAUUGAAAAUGGAUCUGCAAAGGUGCCAGGAUGGUCGUAUAGACUGUUGCGAAACAUUUUUAACUUCUAUUCUUCAGAAUAAUGCUUUGGAUUUUAUUACGAUAGAACUCAGCCAGUUAAAAAAACAUGAUUUGUUUUUUCCAUACAUCUCUCUUGUAACGAAAUUACCAGUUGAUUUGACUUUAGAAGAGCAAAUACCGCCUUUACAGUGGAAGCAGAUAAAACAUUUAAAUGUUUGCAUAGAAAACAAAGAGUAUUCUAACAUUUACAAUGUAGGUGAUGUAAAAGGUAGGUAUGCCGUUAAAACGUUUUAUUUUGUCACUGUAGAAAUGAUGGCUGAGAUUUACCACAAAAUGAACCCUUAUGAGCAAAGUCUUAUUACGUGCGCUGCAACGUUAGGCAAAGUGUUUAAGCGAUACGUGCUGCAAAACGUGAUGCCAAACGCGAUCUUGCCACACACCAACAAAGGUGACGCAUCUUUGGUCCAGUAUGCUCACUGUAAAAUGCUGGAGUUUAAAGUCGAUCUGUUUCGCAAAGUAAUAUACGAUAUGCAAUCGGACGCAGAGAAACGGGACCACCAUGCUAGGAUAGUGAAAUUGUACAUCCAAGAUGCCCGUAAAUGCAUUUCCUGCGGUGGUCGUAACUUUUUAAAAAUUCCCAGCAAAGAGAUAUUCAUGGAGAAAGAAAGCCCGAUAGAAUCAGCCAGAGUUUCGUUGACUCGUCGCCGCUCGAUUGUCGAGAAUCAAAACGAUAAAUGGUCACUCGCAAGGCGGAGUGUACUUUCUGUGAGCGCAAUCGCCUCAAGGAGACCAGAAUCUUCCGACACGCGCAGGAUAUCCCUCUUGCCGAUGUAUCUCGAUGAUGAAGAGGAUGAAGGGGAGAUGAAUGAAAUACUCGAUUUUGUAAUGGAGUACAGCGCCGGACUGAUACAAACUGCGCAACCACUUUACGCUAUUACACUGCUUACGGUCGCCACUAAGAGAAAUGAGGCCGCCGAGAAAGAGGAGAGCAACCUGGAGGAAAAUAUUACAAAUAAAAGAAUCAUCCUGAUAUUAAUGGGUCUGUGUGCAUUUCUCUAUGUGCAAGAUAAGUUAAAAGUAGCGCAGGUAGCCGCUAUACGAAGUGUCAAACUCGGUUUUCCGAGCGCUGACAAUUUUGCGGAAAAGGGCGAGAUAUAUCUCGCAGCUGUUCAAGUAUUGUAUCGCACGAAAAACAUGAAGUUACUGCGAGAGGUUGAGAGAUCGAUGCUGGCUAUUAUAAAAGUAAAGACUACCUGGUACGAUGCCGAGGAAAUAGUGAUGGUGGCCAAUAUCUAUCACACGAUGUAUCAAACUAGGGCAUUAGGAGGCAAACUGGAGGAAGCGGUAGACAUGGGUAUCAGAGUCUUGAAGAUAUCUGUUGCGCUGCACCUUAAUAAGCUGAUGCUAAUUAUCGUGCCAUCGUUAAUCGAGAUAAUGCUGUGGACGAAACGUAUUAAUGAUGCCGUCGAUCUGAUGCAGCAGCUAUUCUUCUUAGCAGACAGCGACAUAGAUUUGUCAGCCAGAACGUGGUAUUACGCUCUUUCUUUAGAACUCAUGCUGGACGCAGGGAUAGUACUGGAAUCAUAUGAUUCGUCUUAUACUUACUACAAGAAAUUCAUAGCUUACAGAUCGAAAUCCUGCGUAAUGCGCGAUCCGCAAAGUUUGUGCCGUUUAAUGACGUGUCUGUGGAUGUAUCAAAUUAGAAUGGGAUACGCUGUUAUCAACUCGGUGGAAUGCAGAAUGGAGGAAUACAUGACAGAUAUAAAUUAUUAUAAUUUUGCUCAAAUCUUCUCUUGCUGCAUGAGACUGGAAUGUUGCUUAUUGAUACUGUUGCGCUGCGUCAAUUUGAAGAACUCUACCGAGCUGCUCACCUUGAUUCAGAAUACUGGCAAAAUGAUCAAGUGCCUCAACGGUAUCUCUAGUCACGCGGCGGUCGUAAAACCGCGUUUAUACCUGUUGGUAGCAUACUUGUACGUCAUUCGCGGCCGUAAAUCGAGCACGCGAUUUUAUUUGCACAAAGCGCAGAAAUUCGCCAGCUCGCAAGGGAACAAGAUGAUAUCGGCGUGGAUCAUACAGAACAAACGGACGUGGAUAGAGAAGAUUUAUAAUAAUAUGGCGCAAUACUGGUUGGAAUACGUUGAAUCGGAAGACAUCGUGGCCUGGCAAUAUAUCCGUAAUUUCAACAUCGAUACCUGGUCUACUAUUCUUUAUUCUUUAUCAACACCCGAUGCACACGUGUAAGAAUUCGUACGGAAAGCACCUGUAUA